AUGGACGAUGAUGAUGAUAUCGAUUCCCAUGAGGCUGUGACCCACUGGUUGCAUCAUCAACUCACCAGAGCAACAUACAACACCAACUCACGAGACGAACAAACAACCCUAAUAAUGAACCCCAAAAAACAGCCCACACAAACCAGACGAUCGACCUACCCCAAUGGAUGGCCGAUCGAGUUGGAUUUUGUCACCUCCCGAACUAACCUAUUCCAAUCGGUUUCUCCUUCUGCUCGACUCAACCGCGUCAACAUGUGUCCAGGUUCAGGGUACGAGACCGAUGAAUCCCAUUCCCAGUGUCACAGUCAACCACGUCGAAGUUCUCGGAUCACAACACCGGUCCGACUGGAACCUGGCAUGAUCCAACCUUGCCAGGACAGCCGCCGUGGUCUCUUCAAUCCGUCUUCACAACCACCACCUUCUUCAAUUGGCACCAAACGAGCCCGAUCCACUUCUAGAUCCAAUUGCAAGAUGGUUGGGGGGCACAUUGUCCCAAACCAGGGUCAAAAGUCCAAGGAGAAGACGGUCUCCAGUCAGAAUCGGACAGUUAAAAAACCCCAACCAAAACGAUCUAACAACAGGGUCCCUGCUUCGACCGCUUCGUCUGUUACCAAUGCAUCCGGAAAAACCCAAAAAACUCAGGCCGCCCAGGCCCUUCCAUUGAUAAGCGUCAAGACUCUGACAACGACAAUGCUCAGAUCCGUAAACGACGCAAAAAAACUCAAGACAACAAUGACCCAAAUGAGAAAGGGUUCGAUGACAUCUCUUUGUACUAUGAAGAACCCACGCCUGGUGAUGGUGAUGUAA